UGCGCAGAAGCGGAUGUCACGUGUUUGGCUCUUCGGGUCGCUGGUGGUUAAAUCGGCUCAAACAAACACAUGAGGAAGACUCUUAAACACAUGAGGAAGACUCUUAAACACACGAGGAACACGCUUAACGCCUGAGGAAGACUGCGUAAGGUUACCAGCAGCGGCGGUGCAGCGGCAGCAGCGCAGUGUUUGAAUCCCUCCGCAGGUUUCUGUCGGAGCGAUCAGCGGAAGAAGGCAAGAAGAAGAGAUGUCGUACUACUCGUCGUCCCGCAGUUCGUCUCGGGCCACUGACUGUAAAGUGUACGUGGGUGAUUUAGGCAACGGUGCCGCCAAGGGUGAGCUGGAGCGAGCGUUCAGUUAUUACGGCCCGCUGAGAAGCGUCUGGGUGGCCAGGAACCCACCGGGGUUUGCCUUUGUAGAGUUCGAGGAUCCCAGAGAUGCAGAAGAUGCUGUGAAGGGCAUGGACGGGAAGGUUCUUUGUGGUUCCCGUGUUCGUGUGGAGAUGUCGACAGGCCUCUCCAGGAAGGGCCGCGGGCGCCCUAGCCGACGCCAGUUUGACCCCAAUGAUCGGUGUUACCAGUGUGGGGACCGGGGCCACUAUGCCUACGACUGCUACCGCUUUAGCAAGAGAGGAGGUCGUCGCAGCAGGUCUCGCUCUCGCUCUCGCUCCAGGUCAAGGUCCAGGUCCCGCGGACGCCGCUAUCGCUCUCGCUCCCGCAGCCGUAGCCACAGCAGGAGCCGUCGCCGAUCCCCAUCCUAUUCCAGACGCAGGAGCAGGUCUGGCUCCCCAGCUCGUUCCAAGUCCAGGACUCCAGUGAGAAGCCCGCUCACGAUCUCAGUCCGCGAACCACAAGAGGGCCAGCGUGUGGUGGGAGCUGAGCACUGCACUGACACCGCAGCUGAUCCCAGGCCCAGGGUCUGCCAGCUGGCGGUGUGUACGUCCUGCGGGAGGGUGACUAAGCGCUGACCUGAGAUCAGCCUUCGCCUGCAUCUGGUGUUAGACAGCGAGAAAGAGGUCGACCUACCGACCGAACCCUCCCCACAGUGAAUGGGUGACCGUCUGUUCAACCGACGCACACGCUCAGACGAGAUCAGCCCAUGCACACAUACAGUUGUUCUACUAGAGUCACCCAGCCAGCCAGCCUUCAGAUGUACCAGAGGGCUGACCCACACAGAUCAGAGUUCGACCACUACCUUUUUAAAUCCAUUAUCUACCUACCAGACCCCCUACCUACCAGAGUUCUUCGGCCUCUGUCUUAGCUUCUGAAAGUGAGAGAAAGAGAGCUGACGAGAGAUCAGUCUUCAAGAGCCUCCCAGCGCAGUGUCUCUCCAAGUUGUAGUCAUCCGUCCUUCAGUCCUUUCAUCCUUCGCUUCUCUGUACUUGUUGUUUCUGCCACUGUCUCCAAAGGUAACCAAAAAUCCAACCCCCUGACAAGCUCAUGUUCAUGGUGAAAGAAAAUUGCACAGGCUUGAUGUAGUCUGGGAAAACUGGUGAUUUGUAGAGCUAAAGUUGAGACUUUUUAACAAGCAUGCUCAGAGUACAAAUGUGUGGUUGAAUCUGAGAGUACGUGGAUGAUUGAGUGAGUGCAAGAGAGGAAAGAAACAUCAAUUUUAAUGGGCUGAUAUCUCUCAGGAGGCCUUUUUGUCAGAUAUGUUUUUUCUUCUUGUGCCAUACAUGUUGCCACAUCAUUACCAUUACUAUCUUUUAUCAUUCUAGUAUUUAUUUUAGUACUCAAACUCAAAUAAUGGUGGCUUUCAAAUGUGCAGUUCAUUCACUGGUCACGGUGUACAACAGGUUCCGUUAGAGCCUGACCGAUAUAUUAGUCGGCCAAUAUUAUCUGCCAAUAUUGGCCUAUUGCAGACACUUCUUCUGAGUACCUUUGCAUAAUCACAUUGGUGCACAAUCCACAUAGAAAAGGUCUCAAAGAUUCACUACAUUGGCCCCAUAAUCAGUGUUUUUCCCCUCUUAAAGUGGGAUCCAUAUCAGAAAUCCCAUAUCGGUCUGGCUCUAGUUUCCAUCUGUUUGUGCUGCCCACCUUUUUGUGUUUGUAGUGUAUUUAAAGUGCUAAAUGUCUCCUCCCGAGCCGAAACCACUUUAACAAUGUGUAGUUGCCAGUGAGGAGACUGUCAAGGACUUGUGUCAUUCAUUUCAAUGGGUGUUUAAUGGGUUAAAUUAAAUAUAUUUAGCUUUUUUUAACCCAGGAAUUAUUCCUCAAACACAAAGAUUAGUUGCCUUUUUAGAUGAAUAAAGCUAAUGAAUAAUAAAAACCUGUGGCUCCUGAGAUGAGCCUUGGUCUAAGAGGUAUUCAGUUAACAAAUAUCAGCGCCCAUCCAGUCAUGAAUUUCACAAAAGUUGUACACUGUAUUAAGAUGUUGAGUAAUGUGGGUUUUUUUCUAUUCAUCAUUCUUCAAUCCUCCCCUGUGGCAAGCUAACUCCUCUCUGUUUUUGUUUCAGUCGUUCCCGUUCAGCAACUCCACUCCGAAGCGCUACGCCCGCAGACGACUGAGUGAAGAAGCCUAUUAGUUCCCCCCCUACCGCUCUCCUUAACAGACAGACCCUCAACCCCUGCACCCUGUCUGCUUUUACAGCCCUACAGAAGUGUUUUGUUUUUUUGUACUUGUCUGUUUAGUCCCAGUCUUUAAGUUUAAUUUCCUCCCCAGGACUGAAGUCUUUGUGCAGCCCCAGAUAAAGUCAGUAUAGCAGACAUAAAUCAGUUUCCAUUUGAUAGAUUGUUUUAAAUGUUGCUGCUGCAGAGAUCAUCUUUCUUCUCAGAAGUCGCGUAGCAAGUGUAACGCCUAUGUUAAGGUAAUUUUGAAUGUUGCAGUUGACUUUUAGCAGUGAUUCGGGCCUCGUUCAUACAGUAAAUUGCGUCGGAAGAUGGUUUAGUUGAUGCAGUUCUUGAGGGUGACGACACUGCAUUGAAAAAAAAACCUCCUUUUAUUCCUUGAGCUCAGAUUUCUGAACCUUAAAAUAUUUUUCCCCCGUUGAGAAUCUGCAAACGAUGUAAAAUUUUUUUGUUUUGUAUUGCUCUCCAGUAUGAUUUGAGUUCAGAUGCUGUUUACGGUUUCCUCUCAUGGUGAUAUAAGGAGACAGUUGCUGGCCUGCAUGCCUUUAAAUAUGUCACAUUCCUACUGUUUGUUGUUUCUGUGCUGCACUGCCCGUUUUACAAACCUGAUCAGCUUCACUGUGCGCUGAAUAGAUUUUCCCCAUGUGUUUGAUUUUGUUCCUGUGACUUUGAUUUUAAAAUAUAUACAGUGCUUCAGUUUGAUUUCUGUAAGGGCUGCUUUAACAGUUCAGUUUUGUUCCUGGCUUAUAUGGUAAGACAGUGGCAGUUUUAUUUUUGAAUAAACAUCUUCAACAUA